AUGACCACCUCCUCCUCCACCACACGGAGAUCGCCCUCCCGCCUCUUCGCCGCAGCACUCCUCACUCUCUCCUUCUCUUUAACCCUCACGCAAGCACAAGUAUCAGCGGACGCCCCGAUUGCAGCCUCAGGUCCAUCAUCGGCCAGAACAUCCCUUAAAUGGUACAUCCUCGGCGGCCUACCCUCAGGCGCCGACGGCACUCUUCCCAUCGGCCAGUUCUUUUCUCUCGAUCUUUCCGUCCCAUGGUCCGCCAACACCCCAGCCUGGAAACGCCUCACAUCCGGCCCUCAACAGUCCAUCUUCCCUGGAGUGUUCACAGCUGAUCAAAAGACGAUGGUGGUCUUCCAUAUUGCGGGACAGUACUCGACUUACAAGUACACUGUCGCGACUGAUACCUGGGCGUCGAGUUCAGUGAGUUUCCCCCUAGGUGGGACUCAAGGUAUCGGGGCUGUAACGGAUCCUUCUUCGGGUUUGGUGUACAUCGCUGGAGGGUACACGGAUAGAGGGACAAUGGAUGUUUAUAACCCUGCGACCGAUGCUGUCGCCCACACGGCACUCCCGAAUCCGGCGAAUAUCUUUGCGGCGCGGUGGUAUUAUACCAAUACUUGGAAUGAACAGAGGAAGACUGUGAUGUACUUUGGAGGGUAUAACAUUACCAAUAACGCGGCGAAUAAUUUCGUGAGCGAGUUUAGCCCCUCUGCUGCGUCUUGGAACACCAUGGUGAGCGACGAUGGAACACAAGUAAUCAUCUACGGCGGCCGCCUCCCAAGCGGCCCCUUCUCCGGAGAAGUCUUUAUCCUCAACACCAUCACCGGCGUCUGGACCCAAGGAGCGCCUGGACAACCUCGCAUUUAUACUGCUUGUACUAUUGCUGGGGACCAGUUGCUGCUCUGGGGUGGUAGGACUACUGGAGAUGUCAUGGUAGCCAGCCCCGUGUUGGUUUAUAAUAUCGCCACUAAUUCCUGGGGGUCAGAUUAUGUCCCGCCUGCAAGCUAUGUCGCAUCUGCUAGUGCGAGCGCCACGGCAGCCAAGCCUACGGGAACUGGAACUGGAACAGGAGGUGACGCAUCAGGAGGAAGUAACACGGGCGCGAUUGUGGGGGGUAUCGUUGGAGGCAUUGUGGUCAUUGGUGCGAUUGCAGGAUUGUUGAUAUACCGUCGUCGUCAACAGCGCAACACCCAUGGCCAUUCACCCGUCAAUACCAACUCUGACGAUAAGGAAACCAGUGCUGCCCCCCACUCUUCUGCCCCCGUAUCUGGAUCAGGAGUAAACAACGGGAACAGUAACGAAGAGGAAUUGAGGAGGAUGCAUAAUCAACUCCAGAACCAGCAACAACAACUCGAACACCAACGCCAGCUCCUCACCUUCCAACAACAAUCCGCCGCCGCUUCCCAACCCGGCAUGGUCCAAAUGCACCAGUACCAGGAGCCUUCGACCUCUUACGGCUACCAACCCCCUCACUACUACCCACCAGUGAUCACCGCCGCCCAGACAGCCCAAACCGCCCCUGGUGUCUCCCCGUCCUCCUAUGCCUACUCUCCUUCAAUGCCCGUGGUUUCAGGACCAGGACAUAGCGAGAUCUAUCAAGUCAACGCAGAACCCAAUUUCGGGUCUACUCCACAUGUCUACAACCCCGCAGAUUACGUCCACCCGCCCGGCUCUAACUCUGUACCCUUGCCCCCCAUGUCUUCAGCGAUCGCGUCUUCAAGUGGAGGUGUGACAGACCAGGGGAUGUAUGGGGUGAAUGCGCCGGUCAAGAAUUUUCAGGGACAGGUGUCGAGUCCACAUGAGUAUGUUGAUGAUGGAGGUAGUUGGUCGAAUGGCAAGUCACAGCCUAAUAACCCUCAUGCCGUCCUUGAGUAA